AUGUCUUUCGUCCAGCGCCGCAUGUUCUCCGCUUCGGCGAGAAACCUCUCCAAGGUCACCGUUCUCGGUGCCGCUGGCGGCAUUGGCCAGCCCCUCUCCCUGCUCAUGAAGCUCAACCCCAGAGUCACUGAGCUCGCCCUCUACGACAUCCGCGGCGGACCCGGUGUCGCCGCCGACAUCUCCCACGUCAACACCAAGAGCAACGUCAAGGGCUUCGACCCUACCCCCACCGGCCUGGCCAGCGCCCUCAAGGGCUCCGAGAUCGUCCUCAUCCCCGCCGGCGUCCCCCGCAAGCCCGGCAUGACCCGCGACGACCUCUUCAACACCAACGCCUCCAUCGUCCGCGACCUCGCCAAGGCCUGCGCCGAGUCCUGCCCCGACGCCAACAUCCUCGUCAUCUCCAACCCCGUCAACUCCACCGUCCCCAUCGUCUCCGAGGUCUUCAAGGCCCGCGGCGUCUACAACCCCAAGCGCCUCUUCGGCGUCACCACCCUCGACGUCGUCCGCGCCUCCCGCUUCGUCUCCGAGAUCAAGGGCACAGACCCCAAGGACGAGAACAUCACCGUCGUCGGCGGCCACUCCGGCGUCACCAUCGUCCCCCUCUUCUCCCAGUCCAACCACCCCGACCUCAGCUCCAACGCCGAGCUCGUCAACCGCGUCCAGUUCGGCGGCGACGAGGUCGUCAAGGCCAAGGACGGCGCCGGCUCCGCCACCCUCUCCAUGGCCUUCGCCGGCGCCCGCAUGGCCGAGUCCCUCCUCCGCGCCUCCCAGGGCGAGAAGGGCAUCGUCGAGCCCACCUUCGUCGACUCCCCCCUCUACAAGGACCAGGGCAUCGAGUUCUUCUCCUCCAAGGUCGAGCUCGGCCCCAACGGCGUCGAGAAGAUCCUGCCCCUCGGCAAGGUCGACGCCGCCGAGGAGAAGCUCCUCGAGGCCUGCUUCUCCGACCUCAAGAAGAACAUCGCCAAGGGUGUCUCCUUCGUCGCCCAGAACCCCCCCAAAUAA